CCACUUAAUAGAAGUAGAGCAAGAAAAUACAGAUAUCAAAUAAUUCGGUAUUUCUGAAAAAGGCACUUUAUAAAGGCUUAUGUUGUUCUGUGUUUAUGGGUUCAUACAUAGUCUCAUUGGAUAAGACAAGUACCCUGAUAAUAAGAUAAAAACCUCUGUGAUAUGGCAGUUACCUACAAAGAUGAAAUCCACUGUUGAACUACUACAGUCUGGAUUGUUGCCACUAAAGGAAGCUUUCUCAUUUGCAUAAAGACAAAUGCUGAUGUAUAAAAAAUAGUGGAAUGGUGACUGGUUUUACCUUGAUGUUCAGCAGGAUCAAUAACAUUAGUCUCUCAGUAAUUUUCUUCUUAAAAUACCAUCGUGUGAAUGGGCAUUUAUGGACUUAAUCCAUUUUGUUUUACUAUUUGUUGAAAGUUCUAUGAAAUGAAGUAUUUUUUUUAUUUUGCAGGGACCCCAUCAUUCACACUGCAUGCUAUGUGUAUUGAGGAGUGGUUAAUGGGGAGUCAGUUAAGUGUGCUCUAACUGUUGGCCAGGAUCUGAAUCUCAACAUGGCUUUAUAUUUUCCUCUGCUUUUUGAGUAUGCAGAAACUUUCCUGACUGAGUGUGGAGGAUAAAGAUUUAUUUAUUUAUUUGAGAACGAGAGAGAGAGAGAGAGAGCGUGCGAGCAGGGGGAGGGUCAGAAGGAGAGAAGCAGACUCCCCGCUGAGUGUGGCACCCCACCCAGGACUCUAUCCCAGGACCCUGCGAUCAUGACCUGAGCCAAAAUCAAGAGUCAGAGGCUCAGCCGACUGAACUAUCCAGAAAAUCUAUUCCUCGCUGCCGAAGAAUUAACAGGAUGCUCUCCAAUGAAUCUCUACAUUCUUCUGCAUUUAGCCGCUCCCACUCACAAGCCUCCAUAGACAGCACCUCCAUGGAGGAUUUCUUGCGGGAAAUAGAAAGCAUUAAAGAGAACAGCAUAGGCAGCAUGGGAGGACAGGAAGAGCAGAUACCAGCUGAGGUCAAACCUGUGGAUGAAGGAGAACUUGAAGCAGAGUGGUUGCAAGACGUGGGUUUAUCAACCCUGAUCUCGGGUGAUGAAGAGGAGGAUGGCAAAGCCUUGCUCUCUACGCUGACUCGAACCCAAGCAGCUGCAGUGAAAAAGAGAUAUAAUACUUACACUCAAACCAUGAGAAAAAAGAACAAGCAAUCUGUUCGGGAUGUCAGAGACAUCUUUGGAGUCAGCGAAUCUCCUCCAGAUGAUUUUUAUUGUAUCCCAGCUCCUCUUUUGGAUGUGACCCUGGAUGAAGAAGGGAUAUCAGCCAUUCCUUGCAGAAAUGGUCAACUGCCAGGUGAUACCUGUGAUAACCAUACUGCUCAGUUGGAUGGAACCCAGGAGGAAAAAGAGCUGCCAGGAGUUAUCAAAACAAGUGGUUCCUUGCCAGAUGAUGCUUCUCUCAACAGUACCACCCUGUCAGAUGGGUCGCAAGAUGAAGAAGGGAGUUUUGCAGUUCCUAGCAGUGGCUCUGUGUCUAUACUUGAGACUAUUCCAGCUCUACCAGUUCAUUCCAACGGAUCUCCAGACCCUGGACAGUCAGUUCAGAAUGCAAUGAGUGAUGACGAUUAUCUGAGAAAAAACAUUCCACCAGAAACUGAAGAGCUGUCCUUUGAAGUAUCUUAUUCAGAAAUGGUUACAGAGGCUCCAAAAAGAAGUAAAUUUAAGAAGUCAGAUUUUAAGAAAGAGGACUAUGCUUUAACUAAAUUUAUUGUCCAGAAAACCAGAUUUGGCCUAACUGAAGCUGGAGAUCUGUCUGCUGAAGACAUGAAGAAAAUCCGCCAUCUCUCUCUCAUUGAACUGACUGCCUUUUUUGAUGCCUUUGGAAUCCAGUUGAAAAGAAACAAAACUGAGAAAGUAAAAGGACGAGACAAUGGUAUUUUUGGCGUUCCACUUACAGUCCUAUUGGACAAUGACCGAAAGAAAGACCCUGGAGUGAAGGUCCCCCUGGUGUUACAAAAAUUUUUUGAGAAAGUUGAGGAAUCGGGCCUGGAAUCUGAAGGAAUUUUUCGACUUUCAGGGUGCACUGCCAAAGUCAAGCAAUACCGUGAAGAACUGGAUGCCAAGUUUAAUGCUGAUAAAUUUAAAUGGGACAGAAUGUGCCAUAGAGAAGCUGCAGUAAUGUUGAAGGCAUUUUUCAGAGAACUACCCACCUCUCUCUUCCCUGUGGAAUAUAUACCUGCCUUCAUCACUCUCAUGGAAAGAGGGCCUCACAUCAAAGUACAGUUUCAAGCUUUACAUCUCAUGGUCAUGGCACUGCCUGAUGCCAACAGGGACACAGCUCAGGCCCUCAUGACAUUCUUCAGUAAAGUGAUUGCCAAUGAAUCAAAAAACCGAAUGAGUAUAUGGAACAUUUCUACUAUAAUGGCACCAAACCUUUUCUUCAGUCGAAGCAAACAUUCUGAUUAUGAAGAAUUACAGUUAGCAAACACUGCAGCCCACAUCAUUCGCCUAAUGCUUAAAUACCAGAAAAUUCUGUGGAAGGUUCCGUCUUUCUUAAUCACGCAAGUCAGAAGAAUGAACGAGGCUACCAUGUUGUUAAAGAAGCAGCUCCCAAGUGUCAAAAAGCUGCUGAGGAGGAAGACCAUAGAACGAGAGGUUAUAAGCCCCAAGACUUCAAAGGUACUGCAAAAAUCACCCUCUUCGAGAAGAAUGUCUGACGUGCCGGAAGGAGUCAUAAGGGUCCAUGCUCCACUUCUCUCUAAGGUGUCCAUGGCCAUUCAGCUCACUAGUCACACCAAGGCCAAAGACAUACUGGCAAAAUUUCAAUAUGAGAACAGUCAUGGUUCAUCAGAAUGCAUUAAGAUUCAGAAUCAACGGUUAUAUGAAAUUGGAGGAAAUAUAGAAACAUUCUCUGAUUUUCUCUUUCCUUUAGGGCAGCAUUGCUUGGAUCCAGAUGCUUAUAUAUUGGAUGUAUAUCAUGUAAAUCCUCAAGCAGAGUGGGUGAUUAAACCCCAACCAAGUUUUUGAAAUAACCCCCAAGAUGGCAGCUAUCAUGUAUUAUAUGCCAAGAAGAUUCUACAUUUGGUAGGGAAAAUAACAAGACUGUUUUUGACAUGUUUAUUCCAAUAACCCUCUUGGUGUUUCUCAGCAUUGUCAACAUGAACUGUGGAGGAGGACCUGGUUGACUGAGCUGAGGCAUUCUCCUAUGGUUCCUUGAUAAUGGUGAAGGAAAGAUGCUGUGAUUGUUCCAGAAGAAAGGCCAAUCUAGCAUAUGGAACUCUAAUCAUUUCUAGUACUUUGACUUCACAGCAGAAAUGAACUUCGUCUUAUACCUAAAGAUAAAAAAACACUCCUUUUUGUAGCAGAUGCUACCAAACACAAGAGGUGGAAGAGAGUCUUUUUUAUACUUAUAUACAUACGUUGACCUUUCUGAACAAUGCCAGAAAUAUCAAUAAUUUCUGCUCUGCAAAAUAAUUCAGAUCUGCUUUUCAAAGGGAAUCAGUUUCUGAAGUUACACAUACAAUGUUGAUGCUCUGACUUGCUCCCAAAUUGGAGGAGGAUGAACUUCUGUUGAAAGAACACUGUAUUGUUAAGUAUGUCGUACUGUAUUAUGACUGUCCGCGUCUGGUGCAAGUGAACAUUUUUCUAUUGUAGAUUAUUGAAAAUUGAUAUUUAUAAAGCUUAUUCUCUUAUGAGCACAGGUUCCAUAGCAAAGGUUAGGUUGACAGAGGGUGUUCUUACGCUUUCAUAACCUUUUGUGUAGUUAAUAGUCAACAGAACCUCUAUCUUUUCAUCAUGAUUAUGGUGCUCAAUGAAAAGCUUUCUCUGUGCCAGGCACAGAUUUCUUUUCCUGAUCAAACAUAUCAUUUUUUAAUAUUUUACAACUAUAGAUAGUCACUUCUGUAGCCCCAAUUUAAAAAUAUAGAAUUGUCUUUAUCCAGCUGCUCUUCAUCCAAAAGUACUGAAAAAUACUGUUAUGUCCAGAUUUUAUAUGCUGUAAAAGCAAAUUAUUUCUGUUCAUCAAUCAUAGACAUGGCCAAGCACUAUGGAUUAGCCUCAGGCUUUAAAAUCAGAUGCAUAUUUGGUAAGCUGGAAACUAUCUUGCUAUGAAGAUCCUGCAGAGCCAUUUUCCAGACCUGCAGUUGGUGAGAACACACUGUUCUCCACAAUGUAAUGGAGAGCAAAUCUGCCAUGUGCUGAGGGGUCAGAUAGCUCUACCUUUUAUCUUGAGAUUGCAGAUACAGUUCUAGGGUUAACUAGAAAUGGGGACAGAAGUCUCAUUUAUCCUACAUGUGUGCUUUGGAUUAGAAUCCACAGACUGAUAUUUCACUGAAUUUAUAAUAAUUUUAAUGAGAUUUAAUGUCCAAAUGACUCUUGCAGUUUGAACAAUAAAGUUACAAAUACAGAAAACAUUUUACCAAAGCAUUGGUAAAAUGUUUUUACCAGAUGUUUUUACUGAUGUUUCUACUUACCAAUUCUCAAAACAUGAUGUGAUAAUUUAAGCCCACAUAUAGAAGAAAUCUUUUUUUUUCUUUUUUUUCAAGUAGGCUCCACACCCAGCAUGGAGCCCAACGCAGGACUUGAACUCAUGACCCUGAGAUCAAGACCUGAGCCAAAAUCAAGAGUCGGAUACUUAACCAACUGAGCCACCUAGGUACCCCUAAAAGAAAUCUUUUAUAUGCAGCAUUAUUAUACCUAGAUAUCUCUAAAAACAUUAUUUAUAUUCAACAUGUAGAUAAUUAUGUUUCUAGCCAUUAGGAUUUUGUUACAUUUUUUAUAAAAAACUCAAAUAUCCAUUCAUUUUAUUUGUUUGAGAAUUUUUAUUUCUUGUGCCUGAAAACCCAUUAGAAGAUAAACAUGUAUCCUGUAGGUUUUUAUUUAUUCCUACAUUUCAUCAGUUUUCAAUGUUUGGUUAAUUGAUGGCAUGUGAGUUUACAUUAUGCAUUUCAAGAGUCUGAAAAAAUGCUUUUAUUGUUUUUGAAAUUCAGACAACAGGAGGAAACAUUUUACUUUAUGCAGUUGCUAACUUCCAGGGCAUAAGAUGGCAGUAAUUUAUACUCACCCAUGGAAGAAAUUCUUCAAAUUAGCUAUCUUAUAUUUCUCUGUAUUACAUGAAAACGGGGACUGAUUUUUCUCAUUGUGUUUCCUAUAGUUUCAAAUAGUUAAAUUCUGUUGUAGAAGAUUUUUUUUAUAGAAGAUUUACAGAUCUAAUUUUUUAUUUGAGAAUUUUCCCAUCUUUGGACUGAAAACACAUUAGAACCUAUACAUAAGUUCUAAAGGUUUUAAGAUCUACUCCACUUGUCAUUAGUUUUAAAUAAGUGGCUGACAGAUGACAGGUAAACAACUGUUUCUGAAUUUCUUACUCACUUCUGUGUGGUGUCAGAUGUCGAAGACUUAGCUGACUCAAUAGCUUUAAAUUAAUCACUUGAAUGUAUUUAAGUAUGUGUGACAACUUUCAAAUAACUGUAAUAUGGAAGGCCAUGUCAAUACCAAUAUCUUUGGAUAUAACUUUUAUUCUUUGUCACAGGAUUAACUAAGUGAUUAGAGGAGAAUUUCAGUAGACACACAGACUAAUUUUUGUAUGAGUAGAGGUUCUUUUUACUAAUUUUAUUCUUAAAGAACAAACAAACCCCUACAAUUACAAUUCAAAAAUGUCUGUCAAAUAAUUAUUGAAACUAUCUUUGCUUUAUCAAAAGUUAUUUUAAAAUAGUUACAGUAGUCUGUCAAAUGAGUUGUAUAUUUGCAAACAAAAGAAGAGUCAGAUCCUGGGCUUUCUAGAUUCAGUUCUUACUUGUUUCCCACCCACCUCCUCCCAAGUGCUCUUGGUGUACAGUCAGGAAAAUAAUAUCCAGGAAGGUAUUAGAGAAAGUUAACAUUUUAGUGACACUUAUUCAGAAAAAACCCUAGGGCUGGCUCAUUGUUUUCUCCAUUUUGCAAAAGAGGAUCCCUUUGUUAAGCAGCUAAUUGGGGGAUAUGAUUCUUAAAGCCAGUGAUCUUCAAAUAAACUGGAAUAUUAAUUUCAUUACAAUGUGUACACAGUAUAAACUACCUCACUUGCCUUUCUUAGGAAAAAAAUUAAUGGACUUCAACAGUUUUUGUUACAGACUGUCCCUGAGUCAUCUUAUUUAAGUCACGUCAGCUAGCUUUCAGUGUACGUUUAAUAAUAUACACUUAAUGAUGUAAAAUAUUUUUAGUGCAAGCUUUAAAGCCAAAAAUACUCUUUAACUGUGACCUGUGGUAUACUCUGAGAGAAUUCAUGUCCCUUAGUCACUGUCUUGUGUGUUUCACCAUGUUGCAAUGCAGGUUUUCAGGUGUGGGAAUUAAUAGUCAUCUCUUCUUUCAGGCAUUUUUCAACUGCUUUCACCAUAUUGCACUUUACUGAAAAGUAACAUGAGAUUAAAAUGUCCCUUCUUUCUUUCAAGCAUAUUUCAACUGUUUUUCACAAAUGUUUUACAUGCCUGAAAAGAAUAUAUAUUAUGGGAUUAAAUAGUUCCUAGUUUCUGACAGGCAUUUUCAGCUGUUUUCCAUAAAUAUGUCAUUUAAUAAAAAAUAAUAUGACAUGGAUUAAAAUGUUUCUUUCAAACAUUUUGAAUAGUUUUACACAUACACAUACCUUAAUUUAAAAACAUCUUUUCUUUCAUUUUCCAACUAUUUUCUGAAACAAUGUGAUCUGAUUAGAAAUUGAAUGUCACAAGAAAUGCCAAUGUUUUAUGUUGUCUCCCAUCUCAAAAGUUAAUAUUCUUUAGUCCCAGCUUUCAUUGUUAAGUAUAAUAUGUAUGUUGCAUUUUAUCCAUAAAAAUAAAGAGAAAACAAACUAAAAGCCUUGUCACAAGAAUUCUUAUAAUAAUCCAGCUUGUCUAAGGGCAGCAUGAUGCUAGUGAGAGAAUGAGAGCUUUAAAGUCGGAAGGUAUGUGUCUGAGCCCACUCUCUGUCUCUGACCUGCCAGGUGGUGGUCUUAUACAAAAGCCACAUGGCACGAUAGUAAUGGACGGUUGUAAGUAGGGGAUAGAUCGAAUUAACAACAACAAUUUCCUAAAUUGGUUUGAGUUGAUGUUUGGGACAGGUUUUUAAUAUGUGUCUUUUUUUAAAAAAAAAAAAACUUUCUUAAUAGAUACAGAAAAAACAUUUGACAAAAAUCAAUAUCAGUUCAUAAUCUUUUUUAAAAAUUCAACAUUUUACUGUAUAUCUUGUACAAAAGGCAAGAAAGAAAAGGCAUAAAUAUUAGAAAAGAAAUAAAAUGGUCUCUGUAAAUGAUAAUGAGUAUGUGGGAAAGACUAGAGUAUCUUCAGCUAUUAGAACUAGUAAGAUAAUAUACCAAGAUCAUGGCAUACAAGAUGAUUAUAUAAAAUUUAAUUGUAUUUUUUGUAUUAGCAGCAAACAAUUGGAAAAUAAAUGUUUUAACUUCCAUUUCCUAUAGCAUCAAAAAACAUAAAAUACUUAUGAAAACAUUUAUCAAAAUAUAUGUAAAACAUGUAUACUAAAAACUAAAAACUAUUUUUGGUAGAAAUUAGGGAUUUCAAGCCUUACUAUAAAGCUACAGCUUUUGAGACAAGAUGAUACAGAGUGCUUAUCCAAAGAGACCAUUAGGAAGUAAAAUAAGCAAACCACAGAUUAGGAAAUAUAUGUAAAGCAUAUAUUUGACAAAAGACUGACAUUCAGGAUAUAUAAAGAAUUCACUAGUGACAAGACAAGCACAUUUUUGAAAUGGGCAUAAGACUUGGAUACUUUGAAAGAAGAGAACACAAAUGGCCAAUAAGCACAUAUAAACAUGUUCAACAUCAUGUGCUAUUAGGGAAAUGCAAAAUAAACCACAAGGUGAUAUCACUACAUACCAACCGGAACAAUUAACAUUGAAAAGACUGACCAUUCUGAGUGUGGAAGAAUCAGAACUCAUAAUUUUUUUUUCAUUUUUUAAAAUUAUUAUGUUAAUCACCAUACAUUACAUCAUUAGUUUUUGAUGUAGUGUUCCAUGAUUCAUUGUUUGCAUAUAACACCCAGUGCUCCAUGCAGUAUGUGCCCUCUUCAAUACCCAUCACCAGGCUAACCCAUCCCCCCACCCACCUCCCCUCUAGAACCCUCAGUUUGUUUCUCAGAGUCCAUAGUCUCUCAUGGUUCAUCUCAGAACUCAUAAUUGCUGAUAUAAAAUGGUACAGCCAUUUUGGAAAAGGGUCCAGCAGUUUCUAAUCAGACUAAUCAUACAACUACCAGCUGCUGAGUACAGAUAAGAGCAUAAAUGAAUCUCAGAAACAUUACACUGAGUGAAAGAAGCUAGACACAAAAGACUACAUACUGUACAAUUCCUUUUACAUGAAAUGCUAGGACAGGCAGAGCUAAACAAUGAUGGGGGAGAAAACCCAGAAUGAUGGUUGCCUCUGUGGGGGUGGGUAUGGAGACUGGGUGGAAGGGGCAUGGGGCCUUCCUGGGAAAUUGAAACAUUCUAUAUGUGCCAUCCCAUGCCAGGACCCCUGACUACAUAGGCCUGUUGAGCACUUGAUACGUGACUAGUCUGAGCUGAGAUGUGUUCCAAGUGUAAAAUACACACCAGAUUUUGAAGACUUGGUAGGAAAGAAUGUAAAACAUCUCAUUAGUAAUAUUUUACUAUUACAUGUUUGAUUCUAGUAUUUUAGAUAUUUAACUUAAAGUGAUAAAUUAUAAAUUUCAGCAGUUUUUUUUACUUAAUGUAGCUACUAGAAAAUUCUAAGUUACAUAUGUGGCUUACAUUAUAUUUCUGUGGAACAGUAUUUUAUAUUUUGAUAAGUGUUUGGGUUAUAAAGAUGUAUUUGUGAAAACUUAGUGAAUGCUUAAGAUUUCUGCAUUUCAUUGUAUAGUAAAAGUUAAAACAAAAUAAUUCACAAAUCACAAAUAUUGAACUUUAGAUAAUGAUAUGCAUAUUGGAGUAUUUCGGGUGAAGUGUAUUGGUGUCUGUAACUUAUUUUGAAAUGUAUAAAAAUAAGACAGAUUGAUGAAUGAAUAGAAGGAUAGAGGGAUAGAUAUACACCAGUCCAAGUAUAGCAAAAUAUUUAUGAUAUAAAUGAUAUAAAUGAUGGCCAUAGCAGUAUUCAAUGUAAUAUUCUCUAUGCUUGAAAUUUUCCAUAGAAUUGUGAAAAAAAUUUUUAAAUGUUUUUCUUUUUAAAAACAUUUUUAAGAUUUAAUUUAUUUUAGAGAGCAUGUGUGCACAUGAGUGGGGGAAGGGGCAGAGAGAGAAGGAAAGAGAGAGAAUCCUGAAGCAGACUCCCCACUGAGCAGGGAGCCCAAUGUGGGGCUCAGUCCCAGGGUCCUGGGAUCAUGACCUGAGCUGAAAUCAAGAGCCGGCUGCUUAACUGACUGAGCCACCCAGGUGCUUCUGAAAAAAGAAUUCUUAACAUAAAAACAUAAAAGCAGAUUAAAGAGAAUCAGGAGUUUGGGCAAUGCUGGGGUUCCCCUUAGAUGUUUCUUUUUAUCUUCCCCACAGUAAAUUCCACUUUCUCCAGAUAUCUUCAGACAGAAGUUGAGUGGGGGUAAGAAGCAAAGAGAAUGGAGAGGUAUGCUUGUGAAAUUUUACCUGAGCUAUGUCAACUAGCAAGCAUGUGUGUAUUCUUACAGUUUGUUUAUGAGUUCUAACUAACAGUAAUUCAUUCUGAGUGUUUGCUUUGCAGCCUCUCCACAUUCUUCCUCACUGCGAACCAUUGUUGGAGUGUAGCUUGUGUCCUUAGAUGACAGGGGCUUCUCUCCCAUCAGUGACCCCCCCCUCACUACAUCUCACUCCCUCCAACCCAAUGACAUAACAAUCUGGACAUGUAAGUACCAAAAUCAGUAAGAAUAUAUCCAUCACUAAUGAUCAGUGAAUACACCAAUCUAAUAAUCUAUUGCCCAGCAGGGUUGUGGAAGCUAUUUUCUAGUUUCAUAAAUCU